GUAGACAACGCCUUGCAGGGUCGGAUCUCCCCAACUUGCAUAAAUUCACGUUCGUGUGGCAACCUCGAUAGGCGGGCGCCUCCACCGUAUCCUUAUCUCUGUCCGCUCAGUGACUGCUGCGCCAAGUCGUCAACCCAUCAGGUGUCCUUGGUCGUUGGGCGAAACACGUCUCGCGCGAGUGUCGCUUAGAUCUCCGCUGCCAAUAGAAUGGCUUCACAGGAGAGCAGUAACAAUCGGGCUCCAGCCCCACAAGUCGCUUUCUGUGACCAGGUACUCCACCAUGUCAACAAAAGUUCGCAAAUGCGCGAAGAUCUUAUUCAAAGGACGAAUCUCCUCCGUGGUGUUAUCUUCACACCCGAUGGGCUGCGGCCCAGUACAUGGGACAUUCUCGACUUUAAGGAUGAACUACCUGCCGCCUCAAUGAACAAUACUAUUUACGAGGUCUCGUCUGUCAAGAAUAUACAUGCGCGCACGUUCAUGGAGAAUGGGUGGACCGGAGGUGCGAUCAAUUCCUGUAUCCCGUGGAUUUCCUUGACUUGUGGUAUAUCGCUCCUCGAUAACAGCGAUACUACUUUCAGUUGUGCAUUUUCUCAUCGUGUUCGAGGCCUUGUUGACUUUAACGUUCACAAACUGAGAUCAAGUGUCAGAAGCGAGUUCAGAGAAUCUGUCUCUACUGCUCUGCAAGCAGGAAUUCGAGAGGAAGUACAAAACAGCCUGAGGGCUGUAUUCAAUCGUUCGGGACACCUAUUCCAAACUCGUAUAUGGCUGGGAUCAAAUUCCCAAUGCUCAGGCUCUGUUACGGAUAUUAUGGAUCGCGGAAGCAAACUUCCAGGUGUCCUUUACACUAGCGUUCGUGAAUGGAAAAAUGCCCAAUCUGUGGACGUGGAUGCCAACAUUGAAAGGAAUACGCGUGUACGCAUCCGGUACCGGACAAAUGGUGGUCAGUCCUCUCUCGCCGAAGACGUAUCAUCUUGGUUGCAAUCCACCGAGAGGUACCAAGGCUGGGUGGUUACCAAGGUCGAGAAGGCGGUUCCAAUUAUAGAGCUUUUAGAACCCGAAAUAUGCCAGCAAGUCAUUGGGGCAUUUGCACCUCUCAUCGGAAAGUGGGUGAUGUCUGGAGAAUUUCCGGAUAUGACAGCGCACCCAGAAUGGUACUGGCUAUGUCAGCCGAAGAUGGCAUUGGAGGGGGAAUCUGAAGCACAGUAUUUGAUAGUUCAGGACAGAGUCGGAACGGCUCUGAUACCUGCACCGACACCUGCUGUAGUGGGAGAAAGUGACGGGUUCACUGCAUACGCAUCAACGGCUGUUCCGGGUUUUGAAGUCCUAGGAGCCUUCGUAUGGGAUAAGGCGAAACCAUUUGGUUUCAGCGGUCUCCGUGCAGUGAGACGUGAUCUCCUGGUCAGGGGCACUGAUUCCGUUCUUUUUGCCAUCUCGGAUGCGGUGACAGCAUUGGUUGCGGAGUUGCCGAACACUGCUGUUGCAUUAGGUGAUCCAGUGCAUGCCAUCGAGACAAAACACAUCAUCUUGCAGGUGGCCAGGGGGAAUAGGGUUAUAUUGACACCCGAGCCUCUUUUGCUGAGCAAGUAUGCGAUUGAUAUUCAGGGGGCGGUAAAUGUAGUGUCCACGUGAUGUGUUGUAGUUUUACACGUGACUGGCUGGUGAACGCGAGGUCACCGCGUGUCUGGCU